AAGAUAUAUUAAGUUUAGAUACCAACCUAUAAUUUGCAAAUGGUUAUGGUACAAACCCAAAUCCAUAAAUCAAAAACCCAACCCAACCCAACUAAAUGGGGUAAAAUAUAUCGGGUACCACUAAAGUAUGAGAAUUGAGAGAGUCAUACAACUUAAGUUAGAAUAGGGCGUCGUGUACCACUGACGCCAAUAAAUUGUAAAUCCGUUAAAAUUUCCGUCCAUCUACCGUGAAGAUGGAAUAACAUAUUAUUUUUUGGACAAAAAAUUAAAAAUAAUACAAAAGAAAAAGGAAAAGGAAAAAAAUCCAAAAAUUAAACCGACCACCAAACACCAUUCCUCCCAGCCGCCGACGUAACUUAGGGCGGAGGUUUGGCAUUAAGAAUUUGAAUAGCACAAUCAUUCAAAACCUCAGCAGCAUCAAUGCCAUCGCCGCAGUCUUUAAUCAACCAACUCGCUUCAUCUUCUCCCCGACAAGAUGCUAACCCUGCCCCGCUCCAAUCUCCGAUGGGGCCGAAGAAACCAUUCCUUCACCGGCAUUGUUGAGCGAACCGUCGAUCAUCCCGACAGAUUCCGACUCCAGCGGUACUAAGUGCAGGCGAGACGAAGAAAAUCCAGAACCCGACACGAAACCCGACCCUUCGGUCCAACCCUGGUACAAAACUCGACGCGCCGUGCAUUUGGCUAGGAGGUGGAUCGUGAAGACGUUGCAGGGGCAGCACCCACCAGACGGCGAGGAUGGUUUGGAGACGGAGUGAACGAGGACAUAAUUAUUUAUUUAUUUUUUUAAUUUCACACUAUUUUUAAUUUUUGGACAAAAAAUAAUAUUUUAUUCCCUCUUAACGACAGAUGGACGAAAAUUUUAACGAAUGUACAAUUCAUUGACGUUAGUGGUGCCCGACGCUCUAUUCUAAAUUAAGUGGCAUGACUCCCCCAAUUCUCAUUAGUGGUAUUCGAGGUAUUUUACCCCAAUUAAAAUAGGUAUGGCCGUAUGGGUACAAACCAUGGACCAGAAAACCGGAUCGUACCGUCCGAUUCAACCGGUUUAACCGGGAAUUGGACAAAAAACGAAACGGUAGGCUGUUAUGAGCCUUUUUACCGUAUCGGCCGGGUUUUCCGGGUUAACCGGCACAAAGCGAGAAACCGCCCGAUUUUUAUCUAACCGGCGGUAGCCUAUAUCCAGUAAAAAACGUUGUCGUUUACAUAACGAAAAAAAAAAGAAAGCCUGCAUCCAAUCAACAAACGCCCAAAAACAAAACCCUAAUCUCUAAUCAUAUGAGUCUCGCCCAGCCCCAGCCGCUCCUCUUCUCUUCUCCAGUCUCGCCCAGCCCCGCCGCUACUCUUCUCUUCUCCUGUGGCUAGUGGUAACUGACGAUCCGCGACCGAAGAGAUCAAGGAGGCGACUGGCGAAAGAUCUAGCUGAUCCAUGCAACGCUCCGUCGCUCCUCUUCUCUUCUUCUCUGGCGAUUGGAGAGAUCAGCGAGGCAACUGGCGAAGAGACGAGAGUUUUCGAUUAGGGAGUGCCAUUGAUUUGGAUUUGAACGCGGGGGGUGGCGGUGGUCGGUGAGAUUGGGUUUGGAUCUGAUCGUCGGCGGCGUCGGAUUCCAAACCACAUCGACGUCGGUCCAUUUCGUCUCCCCCAAUGCUUCAACAUGCUCUACGUGCUCCACUACCUCGGGAUGAAGCCGUGGCUGUGCUUCAGGGAUUACGACUGCAAUUGGAACUCGGAGAUCUUCCUUUUCACCUCUUCGUCGUCGCCGAUCCAGAAGUGCUUCAGGAAGUUGAGCCGGCGAGGGAUUCGGUGCCACCAGGUGAAGAUCUCGUUCAGGUAGCCUUGGUCGCCGCCGUUGUAAGAUUGGAUCUCGUUGUUGUAGGAUUGGGUUUGCGAUGAAGUUUGGUGAGGAGAUGUGUGGGUGAGACCGUGAGAGAGAGAGAGAGAGAGAGAGGGGCAGAAUGGAAGAUGGGGAAGGGAAAAGGUGCACGCGUGCACGGGGAGGAUAACCCAGGCACUUAAAAUGAUGGGAUUUUUUUUAUAAAAAGUUUUUUUUUGUUUUUAUUAAUUUAGUUGUAUUUAUUGUCCGGUAUAUUUCGAUACAUCCGAUACUACUCCGAGACGGUACCCUAAUUUUGCCGGCACGGUUUUUUGACAAAAAAUAUAUUUUAUUAUUACAAAAACGGUAUUUACCAGUACGAAAUGGUUGAACCACGGUCGUACCACAAAAUACCCUACCAAAAAGGAAUCCGAUAUGAUGUCCGGUACGGUUUCCUUUACCAUGGUACAAACCCAUCAAACUUUACCCAUUUACCAUCUAUUUGGAUUUCAUACACAACCCAAUUUGUUGAAUACUAAAAUACCCAUGAGUGUGUGUAAAAUUGUCAUCGCUAAUCUCAUGCAUGUUCUCAUCGAUUAGGAAUUUCCUCUGGAGUAAGGGUUGAUUCCCGGUGAAUUUCCUCCUUUUCCCAUCUUGUCAAAUUGGAAAGUAAUAAAUCCAACUUUCAUUUUUUCCUCCUUUGUAGUUUCUCUCUCUCCAAGAGCGUUUCGCAUUGUUAGUCGUUACCACCCGAAUUUUCUACAUCUUGUACAACGAUGAAGAUUUAUGUCAAAUCUGGUGGUGAAGUUUAAGAAAUGAAAGACGUUUGAAGCAGGUUGAGCGGCAUAUGGGAUGAUUUUCCUUGACUUUGUCCGUGUCAACAGUGUUUUGGUAGAAGAAAUUAUUUCUAGGAACUGCGGUUUAUUGGUUUUUACAUAGGUGCGUAACUCAACCUUCAGUGGCGUUUUUGCAAUAUCCUCCCGACCUGUGCUCUGAAAAGAUCAUGCAUGGGCUACCAGGACAGUGGGAAGAGCCUGGGGAGAAAGAUGUUACGAGAAUCAAGUCAUCAUAACUAUUGGGCCGCGAUUUGGGCUUGGUAAUUUUAUUAUUUAGUAUUUUACUAUUAAUUGUCUUUAUUUGUAUUUUCCUUGUUUAUGUGUGAUUUGGUUAUUGUCAGAAACUGUACAAGAGGCAAUACGACUUGCCAAUGUGAAGAACGAGGAGCUAGCAAACAUCGAGGAAUGCAGAGGAGUCAACCGCGUGCACCCUUGGAGGCCGCAACCGAGCCACCACCACCUCCACCGCAAAUCGCACCGCCGCGCAACCCAAAUGCUAGGAGGAUGUCGCCAGAGGAGGUAGCACGUCGUCGGGCGCAAGGACUCUGCUUCCAUUGCGACGAAUGUUUUACGAUUGUGCCAACAAGAAUGCUCAUGAUAGGCGCGUGUACCGACGAGGAGGAAGGUCAAUUCAUCCAUGAAGAUGACCAACCUUGAGGGCAAGGUUGCUGCGAAGGGUGGAGGAAUGUUACGAGAAUCAAGCCAUCGUAACUAUUGGGCCUCGAUCUGGCUUGGUUAUUUUAUUAUUUAGUAUUUUACUAUUAAUUGUCUUUAUUUGUGUUUUCCUUGUUUAAGUGGGAUUUGGUUAUUGUUAGUAAUUUCAUUAGAGGAGUAGGAAUCAUGUUCUAUAUAUGAUAAGGUAGAGGCUUCUAUGCCUAUAAAUAUGUACUUGGCCUUUCGUUUUAUGUCAUGUUGAAGAUCGGAACCCAAUAGUAGUUGUAUUUAUCUUCGUUCCUCUGAAUAUUCUCUUCGUUCUAAAUCUCUUUCUUACGGAUAUCUUUCAACAUCGACGACACACGUUACGUGAAGGUUCUCACCGGAGAAAUACACGUAACAAAAGAGC